AUGGUGUGCACUCUCCAUUCCAUCAAGAUCCACUUCUCCUCCCACCCCGGUUUCUGGCUCUUCGUCGCCUUCCUCUGGGCCCUAAUCUCCAUCGCUCGCACUCCUCCCCUCUGCUUCCCCGACCGCUCCUCCUCCUCCUCCCCCUCCGUCCGCUAUGUCCCGAUCCACUCCAAUACCACCACCGCCACCGCCGCCGCCACCCUCCCAGAGCCUCCUCCCGCUCUAUACACCGACGAUUGCCCCUCCGGCCGCGUCUUCUCCUACGACCUCCCCCCUCCUUCAAUCGCGACCUCGUCGUCCCCAAUUGCACCGAUCUCGACUUCUGGAAUUGGGAAUGCGGCAUCAUCUCCAACCACGGCUACGGCCGCGCCGCCUCCGAGCUCCGCCGCACCCUCCCCGACGAUCUCCACAAAUCCUGGUACCACACCAAUUCAUUCUCCCUGGAGCUCCUCUUCCACCACCGCAUCCCCUUCUCCAUUUGUCGAGAAAUUAGCCGCCACUCGCCGCUCGCCGGCGCCGUCGAAGUGA